GUCGAAAGCUGCUCUUCUGGUUAUGCUAAACCCCGGAAACACCAGGAAGAUGAGAGACAGUGCUCUCAGUAUUUCAUUUGUUUGCUGUUCAAAAAGACAUUAGAGAGUUAAUCUGUCACGUUCAACCACGAUGGCUGCGUCAGCUAUUUUUAUUUUGGACCUAAAAGGCAAGGUCCUAAUAUGUCGGAAUUAUAUGGGAACCAUCGACAUGGGGGAGAUCGAUCACUUCAUGCCCAUCCUAAUGAAGAGGGAGGAGGAAUCGGAGCUCUCCCCGGUCCUCAGCCAUGGAUCAACCCAUUUCCUCUGGAUUAAGCACACCAACCUCUACUUGGUUGCACUGACGAAGAAGAACUCCAAUGCAGCCCUUGUGUAUUCAUUUCUCUACAAAAUAGUUGAGGUUUUCACAGAGUACUUCAAGGUGGUGGAGGAGGAGAGCAUCCGGGAUAACUUUGUGACGGUCUACGAACUCAUGGAUGAGGUCAUGGACUUUGGCUUCCCACAGACGACAGAGAGUAAAAUCUUGCAGGAGUAUAUCACCCAGCGGGGCCAUAAGCUGGAGAUAGGAGCUCCGCGACCCCCCGCCACCGUCACCAACGCCGUGUCAUGGAGGUCAGAGGGCAUCAAGUACCGCAAGAAUGAGGUCUUCAUGGACGUCAUUGAAUCUGUCAACCUGCUGGUCAGUGCCACGGGCAGUGUGCUGCGCAGUGAGAUCCUGGGCUCCAUCAAGCUGAAAGUCAUCCUGUCCGGCAUGCCCGAGCUGCGCCUGGGCCUCAACGACAAAGUGCUCUUCGAAAUCACGGGCCGGGAGAAGAGCAAGGCAGUGGAGCUCGAGGACGUGAAGUUCCACCAGUGUGUACGUCUGUCGCGCUUCGAGAACGACCGCACCAUCUCCUUCAUCCCCCCUGACGGCGAGUCGGAGCUCAUGUCUUACCGCCUCAACACAGCGGUGAAGCCUCUCAUUUGGAUCGAGAGCGUGAUCGAGAAGUUCUCUCACAGCCGAGUGGAGAUCAAGGUGAAGGCUCGUAGUCAGUUUAAGAGUCGCUCUACUGCCAAUAAUGUGGUGAUCCUGGUGCCGGUUCCGAGUGACGCUGACUCGCCCAAAUUCAAGACCAGCACGGGCCAGGCCAAGUGGGUCCCCGAGAAGAGUGCUGUGGAGUGGACCAUCAGGUCCUUUCCUGGUGGAAAGGAGUUCAUGUUGAGAGCUCACUUUGGACUGCCAAGCGUGGAGAGCGAUGAGCUGGAGGCCAAGCGACCAAUCACGGUCAAGUUUGAGAUCCCCUACUUCACCGUCUCUGGAAUCCAGGUGCGCUAUCUGAAGAUUAUCGAGAAGACUGGCUACCAGGCUCUGCCGUGGGUCCGUUACAUCACACAGAGUGGAGAUUACCAGUUGCGGACCAAUUAGGAAGGAGAGCCAAACACCCCAAGAGCCCAAGAGGAUCUCUGUUGCCUCAGAUCUGUUUUUCCUCCCCCGACUUGGAUGUUUCCGAAACACUGACAGCAGAGCACGGGAGGGGAAUAAGUUAUACUGAAUGGCUAGAGUCGACCAACACUUCCAACUGCUAAUGUCCUACAUGUACAAAGCGUUGCGUCUGUCUGUGAGGUCUUCCCACCUUGCAGAGAGUUUUAUUUGAAGAGAAAAGGACUCUGGACUUUUUUUUACAUCAAGCCCUCUUUCAAAUUUCUACUUUUUUUGUUUUACUCUUGGAAUUGAUUGUCUUAUUAAAUUGUCUGUGUUUUCUAUUGUAAACCGUCUAAUAUCUGCAGGAUGAUUGAGGAGAAUAUUGUUAGCCGAUCGUGUGUCUGUGGCUGAUGGAGUGCAAGGGAUCUGAAGUUGCACUGUCUGCUUUUUUAUUACUGAGAGCGGGUUUGUAAGCAUAAUAUCCAAAGCUCAUGAAAUUAAUACCAAGAGCACAAAGAUCGAUGAUUAAGACCGAAGGCCUUGGCUCGUGCCAAAGCAAGAGCUGUAACACUAUACACAAACUAGAGACUUUGUAUCGAGGUGAGCUGCAGUAGCAGAAGCGGCAUAGAGACCUGAACAGUUACAGCACUGUGCAGUCAUCAUCCUCCCACAUCCUCAUGUCACUGGAACAGACAUGCCGUGUGCACACACAGCAGACAGUGAAACUUUACUCUCUCUUUCUCUGUCUCUGCCUUCAACUCAAGUCAGCAUCUCCAGCAUUUUCUCCCAAGACCAAAAUGCAGUAGCCUAGAAAUGCCAUACCCUACAUUCAAUGCUGGCUACUUACUGUAUGACGUUUUUUUUACUGGAAACUGGUGGAAAAGAGAUGCAAACUCUCCCAGGGAUAAUAAUAAAGCUGUGCUUUCCCAAAGUGCUGGCACUCCUCCACUCCACUCCACUCCACUCCAAUCCUGUAUAUAUUUUUUGGCCAUCCAACUGUACUGAAGUAGGUGUUGCCACAGGGAAGGUGCUCUGAGUCCGAGUAACUUUUUUUGCUUAUUGGGUAUGCAUCACGCUCCUUGUGUUAUCAGUGAUGCUUCCUGCCUGGUUAGGAUGCGAUGGGUUUACUGCAGAGGCUGCAGAAUUUCUUAUUGGUCGUCUGUAUGAAAGACAGAACUUUUCUUUCGGUUCAAUUUUUUUUUUCUUUGUUCAAAUUGCGGCUUCACAACAGAGCAGCAGUAUGAUAACUGGCCCUAAUAUUUAUUCCAUACCAAUACACAGCAGUGUGCUUUUAGGUUUAUUUAAUAAAUACUAUGUUAUAUUCAUGGGGGAUUUUGAAAUGGGUUUAUGAAUGAAUUUUGAGAAUAAAUAAAAUUUUGUAACUGA